GCGGCGCGCGGCCUGCUGCGGCGCGGCCUCCGGCGCUUCGGCGCCCAGCCGCUGCACCAGCCGCUGGCGCGCGGCGGCCCCCCGCCGCCCCCGCCGCCCCGGGUGCUGGCCGGGGCCGCGGUGGCUGCCGCUGCCGCCCCCGUGCUCCAGGCGCCGCCGCCGCCCCCCCCCGAGGAGCCCCUGGCGUCCGAGGCGGACCAGCUGCUGAAGGCCCUGGAGGUCGAGGGAAUGCACGCAGGCCUGCUGCGGCGGUGGGAGCAGGUGGAGGCGCUCCACGGCGACGGGCGCUUUACGUGCGAGCAGGUCGCCCGCCUCUUCUCUCGGUGCGGCGCCAUCUUCAGCUCCUACACCCCCGUGCGGCGUGCUGCGGGCACGGCACUGCCCCUGAACUUGCGCCUUGUCCAGCUGUUCUCCAAUUACGUGUGCGAGCGGAUCCCUGAGCUCACGCCAGAGCAGAUCACCAUCUUCGUGGUGUCACUGACGAGCUCUGCCCAGGCCAUGGACGAGUUCUGGCUCUUCAUGCUGGCCAAGCGCAUCCAAGACACCGCGUCGCAGUUCAGCACGUCGCAGGUUGUGACGAUUGCCCGACGGUACGCGGACAGGGAGCUCGAGGACGGCGAGUUCUUCGGCGCGCUCUCACAGCGCGUGCGGGACAGCCUAGAGGAGUUCACCCUCCCGGAGAGGGCCGACUUCCUGCUUUCCUGCGCGAAGCUGAAGUUCCUCGACGAGGACCUGUGCGCAGCCGCCCUGCCUUCCUUCUCGGACCCCUCGCAGGUCGCCGGGCUCGACGGCAAGUGCCUGGGCGCCGCCCUCACCGCCGCGGCACAGCUGGACCGGAGCGCCUUCUUGCCGCGCGCCUCGUGCAGGACGCUUGCGGCCCGGCCCCUGGAGCUGCGGCGAGCGGUCAACAGCGCGGACCUGAUGAUGGGCGCCGCCCUGGCGGUGGUGCAGCUGCGGCACCCUGCCGGCAUCGUGGAGCUGCUGCCGCACCUGCUCAGCUGCCUGAGCGCCGCCUUCGCGAAGCGCCGGGUGACGCUCCUCGGCCUCUGCAUGGCGUUCGGCCUGCCCAGCACGGGCGCCUGGCCGCUGCCCCUGCUGCAGGGCACCGCGCACACGCACGAGGCGCUCAGGCGGCAGGCGGUGCUGCGCGCGAGCCCCCGGGACCUGUGGGAGCCGACCCCCAGCAGCUUCCACCUGGAGGUGGUCGCGGUGCUGAGGAUUCGAAGAAGAACAGACGCCAUCAACAGAAACCUGUGGCGCUCCGCGCGGAUCUCUUGGAUCUGCGCCGGGGCCCCCCUAGGCGGCGCCUACGGCGCCGCCCCCUGGCGCGCUCGGAGCGCGCCAGGGGCGGGGGGGGGUCCAGCGCAGACCCAAGAAAUCCGCGCGGAACGCAACAGGUUUUUUUUUAGGAUUCCGUCUUAAAACUUAAUAAUACAUGCUGUAGUGCUUGAUGUUUUAUUGAGUUUAACAUAUAUUCGAGAUAUUAGCGUUUUUUCUUCUGGAGGAUCUUGGACGUCGAGCACGACGUGGAGCACCCCCAGGACCGGAGGAGGGCGAGUGGAGAGCAACAGCAGCUGGCCUUUCGGUGGGCCCCUGGUCCUCCUCCUCAUCAUCAUCAUCAUCAUCUCCUUCCUCCUCC